AUGAUUAAUAUUGCUGGUAAUUUUGAUUCGCAAUGGUUCCAUCCUGUUCUGUGUGUAAUUGGAAUUGUAGCACAACAAGGAAGUUUAUUUUCUUCAUUAUUAAAUGUACCCCUGGACUUGAUUGAUUCUGUUGAAGACAUAAUGAAUGCCAAUUUCAAAAUUGGACUUGAAAAUAUACGGUUCAACAAGGAAUAUUUUAAGCAUUAUGCAUCAGAUAAUGUUUCGCUGAAACUAUACAAAACUGCAAUUCAGGGUAAAGAGAAGCAAGUUUAUUUGGAUACUAUCAAAGGCUUGGAGCAAGUAAAAUUCGGACACUUCGCUAUUUUGGUUGAAUUAGCUAAGGCUUAUCCUUUUAUGAAAGAGCAUCUUCAAGAACAACUUUGUCAGAUUAAAGAAAUCAAGCUGUUUGAGCCUCUUAGAGCUUAUGCUAAUUAUGUUAAACAUUCACCGUUUAGAGACAUAAUGGAUGUAUGUUUACAUUGUAUAGCUGAGAGUGGCGUUAUGGAAAAAGAAAUAACUUUUUGGCAUACAAAGAAACCUAGUUGCAAUCACAAUUAUGAUGUUAGUACAGGAAUUGAAGAAACUUACAUUUUAUUGGUUUGCUUGAGCAUUGGCUGUACAAUGAGCUUGUUGCUAUUAUUUAUCGAACGAUGGCGGGCUAAAUGA